GUGUUUAUUUGUUUGUGUAUUUUCAUUACAAUAUUUAUAUAGAAAUAAAACGUUUAAUACGACGACAGUGUAUGAGAAAGUUCAUCGUGUGUCAUUUAUUUAGUUGAAAUGAAAUAUAUACUUUACUUCAAGUAUAAUUUUGCAUAUAAACAUACAUUUUAACUAAAGUGGAUUUUUAUUCAAUUUUCAUAUAAUUAAUUUGAAUUUAUUUGCGUUGUAUUAACUCGCCAUACUGUCAAUCAGUCUGGUCUAUCUUGACAUUUGUGUGGUGUUUUGUUGCUGUUUGGGAACGGAAUAAGACAAUAUGUUUGUUUACAAGUUCCUUCGACGUCAAAAUAGUUGUCUGCAUUUAGAAAGCUCGUUUGAUGAUCAAGAUAUUUUUUAAAAAUUUAACCUCGAGAUUUUCGUAAAUAUAGUUAGUGAUUUGGAAAACCUAGUGCAAGUUGCAGUACUAACGAUGACCCGUUAUAAACAGACAGAGUUCUCGGAAGAAGACAGUAGUUCGAUUGGUGGCGUGCAGUUGAAUGAGCCCAGCAGUAGUACGGGAAUGCAGAUACGUUAUCAUACUGCUAGGGCCACAUUAAAUUGGCGCUCACGAAAUCGUGUAGAAAAAUGGUUAAUGAUUACUACAAUAUUUUUGUCGUUUAUAAUACUGGGGUUACUAAUAAUGCUCUUUCAAAAUGAAGCCGACAAGACCACAAGGAUUCUGCACGUUGAACCGCACAAAGAUAAUCCUGAAAUGCCAUGUUUAAAUGAACAUUGUAUAUUCGCCUCAAAUGAUAUAUUGAAUUCAAUUGAUCGCUCAGUUAAUCCUUGUGAGGAUUUCUAUGGUUUUUCCUGUAAUCAAUGGAUUAAAAAUAAUCCCAUACCAGAUGGUAAAUCAUCCUGGGGUACAUUUAGCAAUAUCGAGCAAAGAAAUCAAUUGAUUAUUAAAAAUAUUUUGGAGAAACCUAUGAAAACUUUCGAAUCGGAAGCGGAGAAAAAAGCAAAAAUCUAUUAUGAAUCUUGUCUGGAUCGUAAUGAUGAUUUAGAGAAACUAGGUGCUAAGCCCAUGGUAGAUUUUCUAUGGAAAAUUGGGGGCUGGAAUGUUACCCAUACAGGGUUUAAUAUAGGAAAAUGGAGUUUGGCUAAUACGCUAAAGAAAUUACAGAAUAGAUACAAUAUCAAUUGUUUAUUCGGUUGGGCCAUAGGAGAAGAUGAUAAAAACUCCACACGACAUAUUAUUCAAAUAGAUCAAGGUGGCCUGACACUACCUACACCGGAAUACUAUGAAAAUCGUACAGAGAUACAUCGUAAGGUCCUAAAAGAAUAUAUAGAGUAUAUGACGAAGGUGUGUGUUCUCUUGGGGGCUAAUGAAACUGAUGCCCGCCGUCAAAUGGAAGAGAUAAUGAAUUUUGAAACAAAAAUUGCUAAUAUUACCAUUCCACUGGAGGAACGACGCAAUGAAGAGGCCAUGUAUCAUCCUAUGAAAUUGUCAGAGUUAGAUGCUAUGGCACCUUUUAUAAAUUGGACUGAACAUUUGGAUUAUGCCAUGCAAUUGGUCAAUCGUCGAAUAACACAAAAAGAAGUGGUGGUAGUUUAUGCUCCAGAAUUUCUUAAGAAAUUAUCGGUUAUAAUAAUGGAUAUGCAAAAGACGGUGGAGGGUAGAAAUACUUUGAAUAACUAUUUGGUAUGGCAAGCGGUACGAGUACUAUCUCCCUGUCUCUCACGCUCCUUCCGUGAUGCUUACAAAGGCGUGCGUAAAGCUUUAAUGGGCUCAGAUGGCGGCGAAGAAGUCUGGCGUUUUUGUGUAGCUGAUACGGGAAAUGUUGUAGGCUUUGCUGUGGGAGCCAUAUUUGUGCGUCAAGCUUUUCAUGGCGACUCUAAACCCGAAGCCGAACAAAUGAUUAAUGAGAUAAGAGAAGCUUUUAAGCUUAACAUACAUAACCUUACAUGGAUGGACAAAACAACCCGAGCCAAAGCCAUAGAUAAAGCUGAUGCUAUAUCAGAUAUGAUAGGCUUUCCCGAUUACAUAUUAAAUGUUGAAGAACUUGAUAAGAAAUAUGCCGAUCUUAAUGUCACGGCUAAUGCUUAUUUCGAGAAUAAUAUACAAUCGAAUAUGUUCAAUUUAAAAAAGAAUUUGGAAAAACUAGAUCAACCUGUUAAUAAAACUAAUUGGGGCAUGGUGCCACACAUGGUGAAUGCCUAUUAUACACCCUCCAAAAAUCAAAUUGUCUUCCCCGCCGGUAUACUGCAAUCACCCUUCUUCGAUAUACACAAUCCUAAAAGUUUAAACUUUGGUGCUAUGGGCGUGGUUAUGGGCCAUGAACUAACACACGCCUUCGAUGAUCAGGGAAGAGAGUUCGAUAAAUUUGGCAAUAUUAAUCGUUGGUGGGAUAAUAAAAGUAUUGAACGUUUCAAUGAUAAAACCGAAUGUUUUGCCAAACAAUAUGGUUCCUAUGUUAUAAACGGCAGACAUUUGAAUGGUAAACAAACAUUGGGAGAGAAUAUUGCCGAUAAUGGUGGUUUAAAGGCGGCAUAUCAUGCCUUCCUAAAGACACAACUGGAUAAGGAGGCGGAUGUUUUAAAACUGCCCGGUUUAAAUUUAACGCAUAAGCAAUUAUUUUUUGUUUCCUUUGCCAGGGUCUGGUGCUCCACCGAUACCGAUGAAACCACAGUAUUACAGUUAGAAAAGGAUACACAUUCUCCAUCACGUUUGCGAGUCGCUGGUACGCUCUCAAAUAUGCCCGAAUUUGCCGAAGUAUUCCAAUGUAAAGUUGGCUCCAAAAUGAAUCCCGAAAAGAAAUGUGAAGUAUGGUAAAAAGUUUUUUUUUUAGGUUUUUUGUUAGUUUUAACAAUUUUUGUUUGUUGAAGCGAAAGUUAAGGAAAUUUUACGAAAGUAUAUGUUUUAGAAAAAAAUAGUAACGGAAUUUUUAAAAAAAAACCCUAAAAGUAAACUAUGAACGUAGUAGAAACCCCCCAGAAAAUAACAAAUAUUUAAAACAAUGUAUGUGUGUGAUUUAUAUAAUAAUAUAAGAGAUCUCUCGUAAAAGCAACUUUUUUAUAUAAGUAAACAAAACGAUAGAAGUAAUAAUAUUUAUAAAUAAUAAUAAAUUACUUAUUUAAAAGUAAAUCAAAAUCAACUGGAUUAUGAAAAACAAAAUUAAAGUAAUAAAAAUUAAAUGAUACUAGUCAUAGAACUCCCCCCUUCCCGUCUCUUUAGGGCAAAAACAUAUAAAUCUUAAAAUAAAAAAUAAUUGUUAUUUUUUAAAAAGAAAAUUAAGAAUUAAUAAUGAUUUUUCUUAAAAAUUUAAAAAAAAAAAAAUAUUAGUAUUAUUUAUAACUACUACUAGUACUACUACUCUAAAUGUAACAUUUACCUGUAUUGUAUAAUUUUCCUUAAAAACAAAUACUUCCAACUUGUAAAAAUAUCUAUUUUUGUACUAAAAUUCUAAUUUUAACAAAAUAGAGAAGAAAAAUUCCCGUUAAAAGGAGAACAUUUUAAAUGAUCCAUAAAUUAAACAUAGUCCAAAGAAAUUAGUUUUUCUAGUUUGUGCCUAAAAUUAUUUGAAAAAGGAUUUGGGUUCCAGUAAACUUUAUGAGAUAAUAAUAAUCGAUAUGCAAUCUUUAUCAAGAGCUUUUUUGAUAUGAAAUCUUGAAUGCUAAAACUUCUACCCCGGAUCCAAAUUAUUGCAUUUCAGAUCGUAUAAAAUAAAUUGUAAAUUUUACUACUUUGAGAGAAUGCGAUAAUUCGAUUACAAAUCCCUCCAUGACAGCCGUUAGUACGAUUCAAGGGAUAAUAUCGAAACACAUCGUUUGACUAUGUUUUAUUUUUCAUUUAGUAUUAAACAAUUAUGUAACUUUUAGCAUUUAAAUAUAUAUUUAUUUUAAUAACAAAAUAUAUUGAGUUUAGUGCAAAAACAUAUCCUAAAGAAAAUGUAAAGAAGAUCCAACUUAAACAAAACGUAACAAUCUAUAAAGUUUCAAUUUUUUUUUGUAUAUAAAAGUGUUAAUUACAAUUAAAGCGUCAACAUAUUUUGUAAAUUCUCAAACAGUUUGAGAUUUAUAAUAUAAAAAUUUCGUUACGAUAUAAGACAUUCGAUAUAGCAAGUCACAAUAGCAGCUCAAGGAAGAUAUAUUGAUGUUUGCUUAAUAACUACAUAGUUCAAUAUUUUACAAACUUAAAAGAUCGGUAGAUGGAUAAUACAGACCAAACAACAUUUUAAUAAAGUUGAAGCCUAAAGUUGAAUGAAUCCGUAUCUGGCUUCAGAAUUUCUCCAUCACUUCAGGUUUUUGAGAUAUCGUGUCCUAAAACAACAUUUAUAUUCCUAUUUAAGACGCUAUAACAGCGCGAAAACACUUUUGUUUAUAUCAUCUUAAAGUCCAAUUUGUCGACUUUAAGAUUAAGUUUUAAUCUCUGUUAUAUUUCCACAUUUUUCGAAAUAUUUUAUAAUAUCUAAUGACUUCAUAAGGCCUUCUAUUUUGAGGUCCCGAAUGACUUUUGGGUUGAUCAAAUAACUGGAGGGAAAAUAGGUUGUAUAGCAGGACUAUUAAUUCCAGUUUUAGGAAACUGGGACUUGGGGGACUCUCAUUAAAUACAAAUUCCUUCUAAUGAUUCUGAUGAAAAGGGAUUAUCAUUGAAAAUAAAGAAUUAGGCCUUAUUUGCCAGACGUUAGUCCAAAUUUGAGAAAGUAUAUCCUUCUAUUUUGAGGUCCCGAAUGACUUUUGGGUUGAUCAAAUAACUGGAGGGAAAACAUGCUGUAUAGCAAGAUUAUUAAAUCCAGUUUUGGUAAACUGGGAUUUGGAGGACUCUCAUUAAAUACAAAUUCCUUCUAAUGAUUCGUUCUUAUGAUAAGUGUAAUCCCUUGUUACGGAAAAUAAAGAAUUAGGCCUUAUUAGUCAGAUGGUAAACAAAACCAGACUAUAGCCCAUCUUGGUUCAUGAAUUUUCAAUGGAAACAUGCUAUAUAGCAGGACCAUUAAAUCCAGUUUAUUAAACUGGGACUUGUAGGACCACCAUUAAAUAAAAAUUCCUUCCAAUGAUUCUUUCUGGUGAUAAGUAUAAAAGAGAUUAUCAUGG